GCACAAAUAGAUUUGAAGGCGCCAUACCAAAAUCCACAGCACCUUCCCCUGUUUUCUCCUUCAUAUACAGUUUACUCAACUCAUAGACCCAAUCAUCAUCCAAACCUAAACUGAACCUUUCUCAAUCCACAUCCGAACCCGAACCUAUCAUGAUCGGACUCUCUGAACCCGCUUCGGGUUCUCCCAAAUCCACCAUCAAAUUCCUCUGUAGCUAUGGUGGCAAAAUCCUCCCCCGUUACCCGGAUGGCAAACUCCGUUACCUCGGUGGCCAUAAUCGCGUUCUCUCCGUUGAUCGCUCUAUACAAUUCUCCGAACUGUUAUUGAAGCUGAAAGAGCUCUGCAGUUCAUCCGUAACGCAACUUCGCUGUCAGUUACCUGCUGAAGACCUCGACGCUUUGGUUUCCAUCACCUCCGACGAAGAUCUCAUCAAUCUAAUCGAAGAAUAUGAUCGUACUGCAUCACCACAAUCACAGUUAAAGAUCAAAGCCUUCAUUUCUCCACCAAGAUCUUCAAACAAGGCUUCUAAACCUCCAUUACCGUCUCUGUCAAAAUCAGCAUCUGUCUCUUCCUCAUCCUCUGCAUCAUCGACGUCAUCUUCAUCAUCUUAUUGCAGCGUUAAUGGUGGAGGUUCCAGCCAGAAGUACACGACAGAGCAGCCUGUAGUUUACCGAUGCGUUCAUCAUAUGUCACAACAGACUGUCAAUCAUGGAAACAUGGAGAGAUCUUCUGGGAGGAAUGUUCCUCUGCCGCGCAGCGGUUACCAAUCUCAGAGGAACACUGAUCAAAAUUAUCUGAUUCACAACGGCAACCAUUGGCAAUAAUGCUAAGCUCAUUUGAAUUUGAAUUCUAUUUCAAUGGAACCACUACGAUUAAGUACAUCUUUGGUAUUACGGUCCAUUCCCUACGUGAUUUUGCAAUGCAAAAGCUACGCUCUAUAGCUUGUGUAACAUCUUUGUAUUACUAUGAUCCUGAUAAACCUACUGCGAUAUCAAACAUACACUAAAAUUAAGAAGCAUAUAAUGUUAAUUAGGGAUACGAAUUACGAUAAUAUAGAUAAGAUUAAAUCAAGAAGAGGAGAAAGAAAAAGUUGUGAAGGAUAUAUUUGUGAUGUAAAAUGGUUGAGAAGGAUUGAGGUUUUAGUUUGUGAUCCUUGUUAAUGAAUUUGUCUCCUAUUUCGUUUUUGCCUCCA